GAACAUAUGAUUAAUGUUAAUUAGCUAAGCAUCUCUAAACGUCUAGAGUAGUUUGUGCAUAUGUAGAAGACUAUUUAAACAUUUUUUUUGCAUAACUCUUUUUGCGAAUGCAUAUAUGGAUCAGCCAUUUUGCACUGCUUAUAUUGUAUGUUAGCCUUCUCCAGAAUAUUGAAUCCUAUUUGAUUUUUACGAAGUUCUCACUGUAUACAUAUAUCUUUUUUUGGAAUAUAUAAUUUCACAAAGGGAUGUCUAUUUAAAUUUGACUGGUAUUAAGAUCGCAUCGGGGACAGAAAGGCACUACUCAAAGAAUUUGAGAAAUGGAUUAGUAAGAAGUAUAAGAACUUAAAUAUCGUUCACCUUUAUCUGGGAAAACAAACACAGAUGGGACAGAGAGAUGAUAGUUGUGGUAAUUGAUAAACUAAAAGUCAUUGAGGAAAAAGAGUUUCAAUAUCGUAGUAAAAACGUUUAUAUUUGUUGCAAACUUUGGAUGCAGCCCUCCUCCGAAUGCAUGCUUGUUUCCAGAUUUCAAUUUGAACAUAAGAAUAUUAUCAACGACGAUAAAUUAUCAGCAAUAGAACGACAAAUAAAAGAUAAUGCCAAUAAUCUUCUUGAGAAACAUUCAAACCUAGAAAUUAUAUCAGCUUGUGCAUAUCAUUCCACAAACAAUGGAGAGAUAAUUUAUUUUGUACCCUGCAUUGUGUUGCAUUGCUCUUGCAAAGGAGUUGUACCGUACGAGGAAAAAGAGUUCCCAAAAGAACUAAACGGAAUAAAGACGGAUGUAAGAGGGGGUUUCUUUUAUUCAUUUCCAAAUGAGAGUUAUUUCAAAAGAGCGUCUGAUGUACUGAAUCCAUUGAUGAUGGGGGCAAGUAUAGGAAAAACAGAUGAAAACAAUGAGGGAACUCUUGGUGGUUUCGUGGCUCUCAGCACAGGAGAUAUGGGAUUUAUUACUUGUGGCCAUGUCUUAUGUAAUUUUUCCAGCAACAGAUCCCAACAAAAGACAGCCUUAGAAGUCGUCCAACCGUCUUACGGCUACAGGAAUACAAAUUCAACAAGUGGUUUACACAUAAAGUCUGUUUUGCAAUUUCACCGAGGAGUAACAGUGGAUGCAUCCCUUGUAAGGUUGGAUGACCGCGUUUCACAACGCGGACUUUUUGCAGAGUUGAUGGCGAACGAUUUAUUGGAAGCUGGGUUCAGUUUAGAAAAUAUUCCAGAAUACUCCACAGGGGCAACGCGUGAUUAUUGCAGAACACAUACCAAACGUACAAACCUUUGUAUUAAAUGUGGUGCAAGAAGUGGGCUUACAAAAGGUUCUUUGAGUGUGAAUGGAAUGGCUGCUAGAUGCCGAGAUGCACAUCUCUGCCUUACAAACCCACCAUCACAGAACGCACAAGUUUAUCUUUCACAACUUGAAAAUACGGGAAUACCACCAAAACCAUUUGCCCUUCAAGGAGACUCCGGUGCUCUUGUCUUUCAAGUAGAUCCUCGAAACAAUGAAGACGGAGAUGAUCAUUUAUUUUGUAUUGGAAUGGUUGUUGGUGGAACUUCCUAUUAUACAACUGUAGUUACUCCAAUAGAACCUAUUUUAGAAUCUUUAAAUGUAAAACUGCAUGUUUUCCAACAAGAAGGUAUGGAGACAUGACUGCAAAAAUUAAGCUUUGCAUGAUUUUAACAAAAUAUUCUAUUCAUUCUCGUCAUGAUUCGUCUUUAUUAUCAUGCAUCAAAACAGUUUUCGUAAAGGUUACCAAUUUGACGAUAGUUAUACUUAGCCAGUAAAAUCAUUUCUGAAAAUCUUACAAUCAGAAUUUUUUCAUGAAAAGUACUUGUUUUCAAAAAUAAGUCAAUUAAAGCGUUCUAUAUUUAUGGUGACUCAAAGAUUCUGUAAAAAUAUCAUUAUAUGUUCUUAUAGAAUUGAUUUGUUUUCAUUUUUUGAAAGUAUUGUUUCAUUUAUUCUCACUAUGAUAUAUGAGAAAAAAAAAUUAACUAUUUUCUAUUGCUUCAAAAUCACGAAUAUUGGUAGAAAUAUUAACUAUUUUUUUAGUGUAAAAUUUAAUGAUAUUUUUUCCAGUACACAUGGCAUUUCUUUGGAAAUUACGCAACAAAUUAAAAAUAAAUCCGCCAUGGAUCUGAAGUUGUAAUGAGUUGUCAUUUUAAUUUAGUCUUUUUAUUUUAAUUUCAAUAUCACUAAUUGUUUUCCAGAUAUUUUAUAUUUAUAUUGUGAAUUUGUUCAUAUUAUGUUUUUUUUUUUUCGGUAUAUAGUGUAUACGGUCUUGUUAAGUGCAUU